ACCCAGUUCACAGGAGGAAACCCCUCAGCAAGUUUUUAAUUAAUUCUAGUCAAAGAUAGUAUAGCAAAGCAGUUGAUUUUUCUAAAUUCGAUUCCACAAUGUGCGAAGACGACUCUCCAGAAUAUUGCGCCAAAUUCUAUCCAAUAUGGUGUAUCAUAAUUGGAGGCCUGAGUAGUUCCGUGGUCGCUCUGACGCGCGUGGGCAUAUGGAGUGAUGAGCAAGUCCUACAUUUUAAAAUUCUCUGUAUUGUCAGUGAAAUAUUCAGCUUAUCCUAUAUUCUCGCUGGGAUUUUGAUGUUGUUGGGCAUAAAAUUGGAUAAGAGAGGGAUGUUUAAGGCUGGAAAAAUCCUAAGUUAUUUUUUUGCUAUUUUGAAUGCGCCCUUACUUACAAGUUAUUCCACGAGCUACCUUCCCGCCUCCACAAUGCUUGAAAACUGCCAGAGACAUCACAUGCUCCUCGGGCUGGGAGCCCUAACGAUGGUCACCAUCCUCGUCCUCUUUGUGGAAUCUCGAUACGCGGCAGACGGACCCCGUCGCCGGGAGCCGCAGUUCGUCAUCGAGGACAACUCGACGUGCUGGCGGAACGAGAAGUACACGAUGGUGCAGGAGUGUCAUCCGUGCUCCGAGUUCGACAUAGUCAGCCGCAGCCUGGGCGUCUGCAUCCACACGCACUACAAGGAGGUGCUGCGCUGCCAGAGCGGCGAGAUCGUGACCAGGAGCUGCGACCGAGUGGCGCUCAUCGAGCAGAUGAAUUUCCUGAAAUUCGAGGUCUUGUGCCUUGUCGUCGGACUGCUGAGCUACCUGGUCAGCUACGCUCGCGAUCGAAUCCUCUCCAGGCGCAACUACAUGAGGAUCGAGCGGCAGCUGAACCGGGUGCAAUAGCCCCCCGCCAAGCCAGUCAUUCCCCUCGCCAACUGAUACUCAUUGACCGUACGGAAGGUACAUUAUUUAAUUUAGUUUAGUAUAAGUACACAAACACUCUGGAAAUACCAUGUUAAAAUUCAUUUGCUAAUA